CAAUUCAACCAAUCUCUCUCUCUCUCUCUACCAAACUAACUUCUUCUUCUUCUAAUCUCUCUCUCUCUCUUCUGUAUCAAAAUUUCAUAGCUAGUAAGAAUGGAAGGUCUCAUUCCAUUAGUGUACAGAGUAAUAGUAGAGUACAAGAACGGUAACAACAACAGACACGAGCACCACCGCGACCUGUUGAGUUCAUGGCUGAUCAACAGUACCGAGUCGUCGUCUUCCAUGGCUUCCGUCUCAUACAUCCGCCUUCCGACCGGAGACUCAGGCCACUUACAAACCUCACCUUUCACCCUCGCUUCUUCGCCUUCUUCUUCUUCUUCUUCCUCUUCUUCUGGAGUUCAGUACUCUCCGGUUCGUCGUAGGGUUGCAGCUUAAUUGGUCGUCAUCAUGUGCUUGUUUGGUUACUAAGAAAAUCUGGAAAUGGAAAGUGCUUCAAGAAAAUUGAUCUGAAAGUACGUACUACUCAUCAAUUAAUAACGUAUAUAUGUAUAUAUAUAUGUGGGUGUGUGGUGGUGAAACAUUUAAUUGUAAUGAUAUUUGAAAGUAUUAUUGGGUUGAUCAUGGAUAUGUAAUUUCCUUUAUAUAGUACUACUAUAUAUAUAUAUAUUAAGAUUACCAUUGUAUUUUUCUUUUUUAGUUUUUGAGAAUAAUAAGAAUGAAAAAAGAUGUGGAAAAACCCAAAGGGGGCCACUUCUUGUUUCUGUCUUGUAUUUGGUAAUUAGAUAUAGUGUGUGAGAGAUUUCUUCGUCCAAUUGUAAAUAUUGAUCUUAUUAAUGUUUGGAAAAUAAUGUAAAUAUUGUUAUGUA